AUGACAGUUCAUUCAUGCUUUGUAGAAGAUGGCUCGGGAACACAGUUUGUAAUACUUAAUGAAGAUGGAUGUGCGAUUGAUCGCUACUUGCUAGAUAAUCUGGAAUACGGUCCUAAUGAGUUAGAAGCUCAGAAGGAAGCACAUGCAUUCAAAUUCGCUGAUAAAGUAGUAGUAAACUUCCAAUGCUCAAUUAGGUUAGAUAUUCGAAAUGGAAAUUGCCCGAAACCACAAUGUCGAGAUUUGAGUAAUAAAAGACGGACAGUAAGACGAAGAGCGCUGACUAAUUUUUCAUUGCAUUCAAAUUUAACAGAUAGCAUGGCUGAAGUUGACGUACGUGCGCAGCAACUUGAUGUUUUAGACACGCAAAUUGAUUUUGGUGUGCCAUUAAAUGAUCCGCGCGUAGCUGCACAAAUUCGUCGGUUGCAAAGACCAGAAAGUGCUUAUUGUGCUAAUAUGCAAAUUUUAGCUAUUGCUGCAUCACUUUUUGCUUCAAUAAUAAUAGCACUUUUGACAAUAAAUGUUUAUCUUUGUAAUACUAGGACGAAAGUCAAGUAA